AAGGCGGGUUGCCACACGCGCACUUUUUGGGCACGACGUGGCACGAGGUGAGUGCGCACCCAAUUCGCGCCAACUCGUGCCCAACAGCGCGGCAGCUCGUGCAGACCUCUUGCCACCAAGUCGGGGAAGUCGAGGCAGGUGGCACGACGUCGCGUUAAAAUUAAAACAGUUUCAUUUUUUUUCCCGACGUGGUACGAAGUGGCGACGUCGGCCCCACCUCGUGCCAUCACCUCGUGACACCUCGUACCCUGUUCGAGACACCUCGCGCCUAUUGGCACGACGUCGCGCCUGGCGCGCAGUGGUGCGAGCUCGUGCUACCUGGGCGCGAGGUGUCACGAGGUGUGGUGCGGGGUGGUACGAGGUUAGUGCGAGGUGGGCGCGACGUUAGUCCGAGGUGGGCACGAAGUUAGCGCGAGGUGGUGGCGAGCUGUAUAAUUGCCUCUCACGUGACCUGAUCCAAGGGGUAUAUAAACAGCACCCGUGGGCCACAUGGUCACUUAUCUCGCAAACACAGACAGAAGAAGAACCCUCCCAUCUCCAGCCAACCUUUCCAAGAUGCCCAAGAAAGGCAAGCAGCAAGCACCACAGCAGGAGUCUUCCCCGAGUCUGCAGGAGGAAGAAACUGGUGAUGUUCCUCCUGAGGUUCCUGACGACACUGACGUUCCUGAAGUGGAAGUGGUGAAGGUACAACCUGUUGCUGGGCUCUCCAGGAAACGCACUCGGCCAUCCAAGAAAGACGUUCAGGACUACCCCUUCAACGACGACCAACUGAGGGAGAUAGCAAACUACGUCCAGUUGCAUCCAGAGCUCUACGAUAAGCGGAACGAGAAGUGGCUGAAUCCGGCGUGGAAGGAGAGCCUCUGGAAGGACCUGGCCCAAACUUUCUCGGACUGUUCUCACCAGCAGGUGAAGAAGGUGGUGGACAAGAAGAGAACAGAUUUUGGGAAAAUCGAGAAGAGGGAGAGCAAGAGUGGAUCAGCAGCCAGGCCGAGGACGCAGAGGGAGAAGAUCGUCGAGGUUUGGGGCUUCCUGGCAGGUCACAUCGCCCACGAAAGUACGCACCCUAGUGAUGACUUCGGCAGACAAGGUGACGAUCAAGAUUCCUCCAGCCAUGAGUCUGUCCUAUCGGCCCACUCAAUUGCCAGGAGGAAGAGGAAGAAGGAACGGCAGGAGGAGGAACUAUCCAGCCCACGAUCCACCAAAUCUACCCAGGAGAGCAGUGCCAUCCAAGAACUACUCCAGAGUGCACAGCUGCUAGCUACACGAAAACCACCAGUCGAGGGACCUGACGCUGACAUCCGGCAGUUUGUUGAAUUUAUGUACACUCGCCUGAAGAAGGUUUCCCCCAUGCAUCAUGGAGUACUCUUCUCCAAGAUCGCGUACAUGAUCAGCCUCAUGGAGGAACCAGUGAUGGCCAGGAGUGCUAUUAAAGACCCGAGGAGGUUGCUGGAUUCUGUGCCCAUGCCACUAGGAGUUGCGAGCCCAUCGCACCUGUGGCAGCCUCCUGCACCGCCUACUCUUGCUCCUGCUCCUCCUCCUCCUCCUCCAGUCUAUCAUCAGCCGCAGUACCAGCAGCCACAUUACUCGCAGCCCCAAUACCAACAACAACAGUACCAACAGCCUCAACAACAACAGUACCAACAGGCUCAACAACAAUACCAGCCUCAACAAUCAGGACAGCAACAGUUCCCUCAGCAGCCACAGCAGCAGCAGGUGCCCACCCCAAUACAGUGGGAAUCUAUACUCGGCUGUUCACCGUCCCCCGUCAAGACCCUGCAGCACACAAGUACGACCACCAAACUCCAGGGCCAGAAGACGAAAUCGCCGGCGAAAAAGGCCAUAAUGUCCCCCAUGAUCGAGACGCCGAAGGGCUACGAGGCGGAGGAUAGCGACGAGUAA